GCAUCCAGUGAACUGUGAAGCACUUCACCAUGACCGUCAAGCUAAGCCUGCAAUUGAAAUGAUAUCCCAGUAUUAACGCCACCACCUUGAUGGUUCACAGCUCAUUUAUAAGAGAUAAAAAGCCGCAUGAUGUGUGCAUGAAAUACAUUUUUUGACCUCUGUUGGCACCUAUCUUACCCAUCUUGACGCUCUUCUAUAUCAUAUCUUGCAUCUUCUUCAUCUUAUCGGUAUCUACUGCACAUCGUGCAUCAAGCCGCCUGAUCGUUAAAUCACCGCACGUGGUAUACUUAACGCGCGUCCCGUCGUCCAUACCUCAGCGUUUUCUCAUUACUCGCUGAGACUGUUCCAGCAUCCAAACCUCUAGAUGGAGUAUUCAUCUGACGAUAUCGCAGCAGCAAGGAGCUUGCAGUUCUCUACGUACAUACACGUGUCGAUGGCUACAUUCUGGAUCUAUGAUUAUGCAUGUUCAAUCCAUGAAGAGUGGACAUUUUUGCUUCGAUCGCACUGGAGCAAGGUAAAAGGCCUGUAUAUUGUUACACGAUACCUCGCCUUUAUCCUUCUCACCACGGGUUUGUAUCUGAGCUUUGCCCCAAAUGAGAACCCAGGCAAAUGCCGGGUGUUUGAAAAUAUUGACACAGGCGUUGGUAUGGUAUCAGCCAUUUUCUCCGAAUGUUUUUUCAUCCUUAGAACAUAUGUGCUCUGGAACAAGAAUAGAAUCUUACUCGCAGCCAUGCUGUCCACCUUUCUCACUUUUGUCGGAGCAUCCAUUGGCAUUGCCUUCACCACUACUGCUCCCGCAGCAUAUGCGACUAGCGCGAUCCCGGGCAUCACAGGGUGCUACCGGAGUUCGACAAGUUUCCCGCUCCUCAUACCAACUCUUCUCCUUUCCGUGUUCGAACUGGGACUCAUGAUACUCACGCUCAUACGCGCCAUACAGAACUGGCGGAUAAACCCAAGCCGUCUGUACCUUGUCCUGGUGAACCAUAGCAUAUCUUAUUAUGCAUGUGGUCUUCUGUUCUCUGUAAUGAACAUAUUCACAUUGCUGCUCCUCCAGUACUCCUACCACACCCUGUUGUAUGAUUUCCAGUUCAUGAUCCUCACAAUCCUCGCUACGCGCAUGCACCUCCAUCUCUGGCAGGUGAACCGACAUGCACACAGCUCUGGCGCCCUUGUGCGUAUUCCAAUGACCGACAUGUCAUCUGUAGAUUCCACGGCGUGAUGUCUUAUCCUAUAGCUUAUUCGGUGUCGUUCGUGGAGCGAGGCUUGGACUGUAGGAGAUGACUGGUGGGGAUGGGUUUGGUAGAGAGAGAAUUUCAUACUGCAGCAAACAACUAAAACUGUUAGGUUGUGGUGCCCUGCGGGCUGUCCUAGGGUUAUUGUACCAAGUAUAAGUUAACGAAUGAUACGAAUAGCUGGAGAGGUCCGCGUUUGUGGUGAAGUUGUUGGUCUAUGUGCUGCACUGCUCUGUAGCUGUUUGAUGACGAAGUUAGAUUCGAGGUGUGUAACGAAAGGAGACUGAGUUAGGUGUGACUACUAAGUAAAACUUAGAGGGAAAUUCUCGGAGACGAGACUGCUGAUGGGAUAGGAAGUGUUGGUGUUUUGGGCGCAAGCCCGAAGCACGGGUUCGAACCUGGGCUUCAAGG